AUGGAGAGAAUUAGAUCAAACACUCGCAUGCCAACUCGGGAGAUUAGGCAAACAGUGCAUGAGGAGUAUCAAACCCAAAUUUCUAAAUGGGUGGCUUCUAAUGCGAGGAAAUUGGCUCUCAAAAUGAUACAGGGGUCGGCUGAACCCCAAUACAAGAAAAUUUGGGAGUAUUGUGCUGAGAUAAAAAAGACACAUGAAGGGAGUACAAUGGAGAUAAUGUUUACUCCAUUUAGAGGACCAGGGGGUAAUCCUAAAUUCAUGAGGUUAUACUGCUGUUUAGGACCACUGAAGAAGGGAUUCAAGGAUGGCUGUAGGCCAAUAAUAGGUCUGGAUGGUUGCCAUCUAAAGGGGAUUUAUAGAGGACAGUUACUAACUGCCAUUGCUGCAGACCCGAAUAAUGGAUGGUGGCCUAUUGCCUGGGCAGUUGUGGAGAGAGAAGCAACUGAGCAGUGGACUUGGUUUCUCAAAUAUUUAAGUGAGGACUUGGAAAUUGAAAAUCAGUGCCACUAUACUUUUAUAUCAGAUCAGCAAAAGGGGCUAGACAGGACACUUAGUGAAGUUCUACCUGGAUGUGAGCACAGGUACUGUGUGCAACAUAUGUACCGUAAUUUCAAGAAAAAACAUCCUGGUUUGGCUCUUAAAGAUAGGAUGUGGAAUAUAGCAUGUUGCACAACAGUGGAAAUGUACGACAAAGCAAUGGAAGAACUUCAAACUUUUGAUAAGGAUGCAUAUGAAUGGGUCAAGAAAGCUCCUCAUCCUCGACAUUGGUGCAAAGCAUUCUUUCCAACUCACGUGAAGAGUGAUAUGAUAGUGAAUAAUCUAUGCGAGUCCUUCAAUGCCCAUAUUAAAUAUGCAAGGGACCAACCUAUCAUCACAAUGUUGGAACUGAUAAGAGAAUAUCUUAUGGACAGGAUUCAAAGAAGACGAGCUGCAAUGGAGAAAUACAAGGGCUCCACUGGACCUUUAAUUAAUGAGAUUAUUCAGACUAGGAUUAUGGAGGUUAGUGGAGUUCCUUGCUGUCAUGCAAUUGCUGCUAUCUUCAUGCGAGAAGAGAAUCCUUACAACUAUCUGGAUCGUUCUUAUAGCAGAGGCCUCUUCUUCAAGAUUUAUGAGAAUGUUUUGCAGCCAAUUAGUGGCGAGAAUCAUUGGCCUUCAUCCACCAUGCCUGUGUUGGAUCCACCAAUACCAGUUACUCAACCUGGUAGGCCUAAAAAGGCCAGGAGAAGGGAUGUGUCUGAGAGGAGGGAUCAUGGUAGAAGGUUGAGGAGGAGGAUUGUCAUUCAUUGUAGAAAAUGCGGUGAGGUUGGUCAUAACACAGCUACGUGCAAGAAGCCUCCCAAUGAAGAAGCACAACAAGGUUCUAACAAGUCAUCCGAGGCUCAACCGAGUAAUCAGCAGAGGCAGCAAUCAGUAGAAAAAGAGAGGACAAAAAAGGAGCCAUCAAUGCGAGCUAUGCUUAUUUGGGUAAAGAACCCCCAUUCACAGUUGACAACUGGAGGGGGAGAUGGAGUGGAAAAGGCAGAGGCAGAGGCAGAGGCAAAGGAAGAGAAAGACAAGGUGCCAGAGGAAUGGGAGAAGGAACAACCACUAGAAGAGGAACUCAGCCAUGAUAGACCCAUUUUUUUUUAUAAACUCUUUUUGUUUUAUGCUGUGUAA